AUGGAAGGCUCUCGGACAAUAGAAGAUUGGGAAGAUCACCAAGUCUACCUCCACAAUCGCCUUGUGGCUGCUGCUAAGGAGGCCUACCGGCCUCACCACGCGAAGGCCACUACUAACCAUCCGGAGUCCGCGUAUGGCACACCCGAAUCAGAAGCUGACGAGCAAUCACAAGGUCUCCCGGUCCGGCAAUGGCGCAAGCAAACGGUGACUGUUGCACCCCCUCCCGAACGUGAAGAAAACAAGAAGCAGGACCGCUGGGCUGUGGAACUACCACAUGGAAUGCCCAGGGACACCCCUCUGCUUACCCCACACAACCAAGAACUGCUGAGGCUGGCGCGUUCUGGAAAGCUGUACAAGAAGCGGCCGCUUCCCGAGGAAGACGACGCCGACGCCGACGGUAUACCUGGUGAAAAACAGGACAAGAAGGAGUCGGCGGCGAGCGAGGGCUACGGCUUCAAGGUCAGGAAAUGGGUACGGCUGGAGCGCAGCGCCGAGGAUGCAGGGAUCAACCACCUGGCUCCAAGACAAAAAAAUACUAUCACGAGGCCGUCAAAACAGCUCGGAACGCAGGUCACAGGACCUAUGGUCACGAAAGCUACAGUCAAGAGGUUAGAUGCUGCUGGGAACCCAUAUACGCAAGAAGUCAUUGUCCCCGACGGACAGCGCGUCGACGGGGAGAUUAUUUCUACCAGUGUUGUUCCCGCACCCGAGGCGACUGGCGAGGCAGUAUUGCCCAUAGCGACGCCUGCGAGAAGAAAGCCACCUAUUCCUCAGAAGAAGAAAGGCCGUGGCCGCGGCCGUGCUGGGAGAGGCCGGGGAAGGCUCCCACUGGCUACCCCCACUCGACCUGUUCCCCAGCAGGAUGGGUCCACCGAAGUCAAGCCCGAGAACGUCGGUCCAGAUGGUGUUAAGAUCGAGUCUGAGGAUGCCUCUCGGGCCGCUGGUGAUAUCGAAAUGAACGAGUCUAGUGCGCUUGAUGACGACGAUGGAGACGAGGGAUCUGGCGAUGACGACGAGGGCGAUGGCGAUGAGAGCGGGACACCUGCCGCCGAGGGGGAAGAUCAGGAGAUGAAAGACGCCCCUGCAUACCCGCCUCCGGAGCCUGUUGCAGAUGCUCCGCCUGCUACAGAUGCUCCGCCUGCUACAACGUCGGCAGAGGUGGCACAGCCGGGUGCGAACCUCGCGCCGCCUCAGUUGGUCACCGACCCUGUGCAGCUCGAGGGAAGCCCGCUGAAGAAUGUGACGCUUCGGUCGCCGACGGAUCCAUCACCACACCUGUCGCCAAUAGCAACAACAACCGCCGCCGCCGCCGCCGCGAGCGCAGACGCUGGUCUCUCUGAGGUGCCGGGUGAGUCCACCCUCGGCCUUCAGCCAUCCAUGCCAGAGCCGCAGCAACCAAUUCUGCUCUCGCAGGCGUUCUUUAGAGAAAAUCCCGUUGACAAUGAUCCUGCAGAACCGCCCGCUCCAGUACCCGCAGAGGCAAUUCCUACAGAGGAUUCCCGAAUGGAUGGUGUCACCUCCACCAAUACCGAAUCCCAGGACACAGGCCCAGAGCCGAUCCCAAAUCAAACAAUUGUCCCAUCCGAUGUAUUUCAGUCAGUACCCGUCGUCGAGUCAGCACCUGUCAUCGAGCCGCCGCCCGUCGUCGAACCAUUACCUGCUGCCGAUCCGCCACCAGCGCUCGAGGGGCCACCCGCCGUCGAGACACCGCCUGUAUUUGAGCCUCCGCCUGUAUUUGAGCCUCCGCCUGUAGUUGAGCCAUCGCCUGCAGUCGAGCCGCCACCGGUAGUUGAGCCACCAUCGCAGGUCGAAGAACUUCCAGCCGCGCCGCCAAAGGAAGACGUCCCGCUACCAUCCAACGAGGAACCCAUGCCCGGCCAGGCGAUUGGACCUUUAGAGCAGCAAGUUCCUGCUGUCACUGAGCCGGCGCCACCAUCCCCGGUCAUAGCACCUGCGCCUGCCCCCUCGCCCUCGCCACCGCCAGUCGCACAAGUCCCGGUAGAGGAGGUAAUGGGUGAUGUAGGCACUGGUGACGUCAAGGAUGAGUCCGGAAGUGCAGAGGGAAUACCUGCUGAGGGCGUACAUGCUGAGGGCGACAUUGCCGCAGAUGUAGUUGUCGAGGACGCGGGAACCGAAGCCUUAGGAGCCGAGAAUGCCGGUGACGAGAAUGCUGCCGAGACUGCCGGUGCCGAAGAUGCUGGCGCCAAGGACCUACUUGGAGCCGACGAUGUGCGAGCCGCUGAAGGGCCAACUCCAGAUGUGGGAACCGAGGACGUGGGAACUGAAGACGUGGUAACGGAGGACGGAAGCUUCGAUAUCCUUGGUUCAUUGUCUACGAGUCUGAACCAACAAGCCGAAGACGAUGCACCACCGCCGUCUCUUCCAGCAGGCCCUGCUGAAACCGUGGCAUCCGAGCCAGCUCAUCCCGUCCAACCCGAUGAGAUAGCCCAGCCAUCCCAGGCCGACGAGACGGGCCUGAGUGGCCAGAUUGAGGAGACUUCGCGGACGGAUCACGCGGAGGAGACGGGCGAGGCUAGCAAGACCAGCGAAAUCAAGGAAGGAGGUGAGGCACAAGCACAAGAAUUGCCCGGGAAGCCCGAAGAGCAGAUCUGA